AUGGCUCCUCGUAAACUCCAGAUCGCCGCCGCAGGCUUAGGCCGUAUGGGCCAUCGCCACGCGCUGAACUUCCUCAACCGCACGCCUCGCGCUCAGCUAGUCGCUGCUUUUUCGCCCGAUUCCAAAGAGCACGAAUGGGCGCGCGAACACCUCGAGCCACAUGGCGUGAAGCUGUAUUCCGAUUACGACGAGAUGCUGGAGCAGGAAGGCCUCGAUGCAGUCGUGAUCGGAACUGCGACGUUGGUGCAUGCGGAAGAAGCGAUCAAGGCGAUGCAGAAAAACCUACAUGUACUGUGCGAGAAACCGUUGAGUACAAGCGUCGAUGUGUGCAGACAGGUUGUGGAAGAAGCUAAAAAGAGGCCGCACUUGAAGGUCAUGUGUGGCUUUUCGCGCCGCUUCGAUGAUAGCUACCAAAACGCAUACGGCAAAGUUGCAGAUGGCCAGAUUGGACGACCGACUAUCCUCCGCUCGCAGACAUGCGAUAAGCACGAUCCGUCUGGAUUCUUCGUCGAAUAUGCGGCGUGGUCUGGAGGCGUCUUCGUCGACAUGUCUGUCCAUGACAUCGACCUGACCUUAUGGUUCUUCGGCAACCAGAUCGUGCCAAAGUCGACCAGCGCUCAUGGAUGCAUUGCUGUUCAGCCUGGUCUGGCGCAGCACAAGGACGUCGAUAACGCUGUCGGAAUCGUCGAGUUCUGGGGCGGGCAGAUCGCGUACUACUACUGCACACGCAUGAUGGCACACGGGCAGGAAGAUGUUACCGAAGUCAUUGGAACGGAAGGCAAGCUCAGCGUGAACCUCAUUCCCCAAAACGAUCUGGUGCGGAUAUACAGCGGGAAGGGCAUCACACAGGAGGUGCCAGCACACUACUAUGGGCGAUUCGAGAUGGCCUUCGUGAAAGAGGCUAACGACUUCGCUGCUGCGUGCCUCGACGACACGCCGUUGCCUAUGCCCAUUGAGAACGCGGUAAAGGCGGUUCAGAUCGGGAGUUGGCUGCAGGAGGCGUUGGUAACGGGCAAGCAGAUCCACUUCGACCAGAGCGGGAAGAGGCUGGAGAGGUCGAACUUGUAG